AUGUCGCGUUUUCUUCGAAUUUUUCGCCAAGUUACUGUAGAACCAGUGCUGUUUGUGUUUAUGCUAUGUACUUUUCUUAAAGAUCCUGUAAACCAGCAGCUUAUUUUCCGUAAAACGUGCAUACAGUUGUACAACGAAUCGUUUUGUGCAGACAACUUUACAAGGAAAGCAUGUGGAAAGAGCCUGAGUGAACAGGAAAAUGCCAUUCAAAAAUCAAGUUCAGAAUGGAUUUUCUACAACUCUGUUGCUUAUUCUGUUCCAUCUAUUAUUUCGUCGCUUCUUUUGGGUUCAUGGUCAGAUAAAUUUGGUCGGAAGGUAGCCAUACUGUUGCCUCUUAUUGGGCUAUCAAUAGAAGCUAUAUCAAGCAUACUGAAUGCUCACUUUUAUGAUGCAUCACCAGUGUACCUAUUGUAUGGCAAUAUACUAUCUGGUAUAUUUGGUGGGUUUAGUACGAUCUUAAUGGCUUUGUUUUCCUAUAUGGCAGACAUCACAAAAGACAAAAGUAAUCGGACAUUACGAAUUGGUCUACUUGAAUCGAUGACGUUUGUUGGAGGGGCAACAGGAGAGCUAAUCAGUGGUGUUCUAAUUGAGAAGCUUGGUUUUAUGGCUCCAUUUAUAACAAUUUUAUCUUUAAUAACCAUUAUAAUAUUUUAUAUCUUGUUUGUGCUGAAGGAAUCGUAUUUUCCUAACCAGCAAUCAAGGUUUUUCUCCCUCGACACUUUUCAUGGCAGUUUGAAAGUGUGGAUUAAGCAUCGACCACAAAAUAAUAGAAUACACCUUCUAUUGUUACUAGCUGUUGGAUUUUUCGUGCCAAUUCUUAGUAAGGCCACAUAAAAAAAUAGUUGGUUAGCGUCCUCUCCCGCCCACAAAAAAGGCCCCGCUCAGGAUUUUUUUAUUUUUUUAUUUUAAAAACCCAACUUUUAUUGAUCAACGGGCUCUAAUACAUGUAGUAUUUCUGUUGACUGUAGACAAUGAAAUGACGGUAUGAAUCAUAUUUUGAAAUAUAUAAAAAAAUAUCUGUACUGCAUGCACAAGAAAAUCCAGUUUCGGACCUAAAGCCAAGGCGUUAAAAAUUAGUAAAAAUUAAAAAAAAAGCGCCCACCCGCCCACUUUUUGGCAAAAGCUAAGGAUGCUAACCAACUAUUUUUUUUAUGUGGCCUAAGCAAUAUUUACUGUAUGUCCUUAAUAAAAUUUCUAUAGUCUAGGCUGGAAUGUUACAGCCUCUAUAGCUUGUUUGAUUAGAAAUGCUGCACAGUCUGGAAUCACAGAGCUGCAGGUUCAAUUCCUGUCAGAGGACCUAGCUAUAUAGUGCCUUUUUUGCAACUGUUCCUGGUUAGGUCUUAAUUUGUGUGUUUCAUCAAACCCACCAUUUGGAUGACUAUUACCACUUUGUUAACCCAUUAAACAACAGACAGUACUCUAUUUCAUCAUUCUUUGUUUAAUGUCAUAUGAUUUUACUGGUUGCAAGAGUUCUCAUUGGCUUCUUAAUUAAUACCGGUAUUUUAAUGAUUUCAAAGGCUUUGGGUUAUUUGAACUCGAACAGUCUGUACCAGCAUGGGUAGUGACAAAAACACCUAGAAACUGUAGAUGGGUAGGGAUUCAACUACCUGAAAAAUGAAAAUUUUAAAAUAAGAGUAAAAUGAAAGUUCUAUUUGUAUUUUUUAGGUAGUGGAAUCCCUGCUCCUUUCUUUGAGUCAUUAAACCUUAUUUACUUUUAAUAUGAGAAUACAAUUAUAUUAAAUUGUUUACUACGUUUUCUUUUUAGUUUUCACUGGCACAGAUGAUGUCCUUAUUUUGUUUGUCCUCCAUCGUCCGUUCUGCUUUUCGUCUUCUAUGAUUGGUUACUUUCUUGCAGUUUUUUUGGUUGUCAAAGGUGUUGGUGUCUUAAUUGGAAUGCCAGUCAUGACUCGUAUUUUAAAACUCUCGGAUACAACUAUUGUUUGUGCUGGUAUCAUCACAAACAUUGCUAGCACAGUGUUUAUGGCAUUCACAACAAAUACAUGGCAAGCUUUUCUUGGUGAGUUAUACUAAUAAUGGGUUAUUCCAAAAAACAUCCAUACCAUUCCCACAGAGGAAAUUGGAAGUGAACUCCCCACCCCCUUCGCAUGUCCUAAUACACUUACUAAUAAUGAUUUUUCUGUGUUGGUGUAAUGUACUCAGGUGAAUAUGAUGCUUGUGAUAUUACUCUGAGUGUAUAUCCACACCGGGCAAGCUUGAAAAAUAUGCCUGACCACAUUGGGAUUCAAAUUAGAUACCAGGGUGUUAAGGUUAAAUUCAAUUAGAUACCAGGGUGUUAAGAUAUGGAAUUCCCUUGAUGAGGCCGAUAAAAAAUUGUCAGUUUUUAAUCUAAAAAGUAAACUUAAGGAAAUGUUUUUUUAUUCAUAUUAGCCUAUUGCUCUGUUCAUUUAUGUAUCGAAUUGUUGAAUCGAAUUGUUGAAUUGCUUUCAUUAUUUUUAAUUAUUGAUUUUGCUAAAACAUUCUAAAUUUUAAUAAUAAUUUCAUAAUUAUAUGGUGUUUUGCUUCUCUCUGUGGUUCUGCUAAAUUGAGUAAAAUAUUUAUGUAAAUUGACUACUUUAUAUAUUAAUUUAAGCUUCGUUAUAUCUGUUUGUCAAGCGUUGUGUGUAAAACGUCUGCCUGAUUCAUCUAGCCCCUUAAUGGUUAUUUCGGGCAGACGGAACCCAUGUCAUGUCAAAAAAUUAAUGUAAUGUAAAAUUAAUGUAAUAAGUGGGUUCAAAUAAAAUGUCUAUGUCUAACCUACGACCUUUGGAAUACUAGCCCAAUGCUCUGCCAACUGAGCUACGCGGUCUGGUCGGUUCGAGUAUGUGAUAUUUCGGAACAGAAUCUACAGUAGUACUAUGGCAGAGCAUUGGGCUAGUAUUCCAAAGGUCGUAGGUUCGAAUCCCACCGUGAUCAGGCAUAUUUUUCAAGCUUGCCCGGUGCACGGAUAUACACUCAGAGUAACAUCACAAGCAACACUUACUAAUAACUAUCAUCAAAAACAAUUUUUCUUCCCUUCCCCUCCAAAUGGCAAAAAUGUUCUCUGUGGGAGGAGUGUGGAUCUUUAUUCUGGAAUGACCCAAUGGAGGAAAUAUUAGUUGGCCAUUCACUUCAUCUCCCCUUACUUUGUUUCAAGAAGAGCACUAUAGCAAUUUUAGUUGAAAAAUGAUGCAGCUAUUUUUUUCAAAUUGAUACCGGUACACAGCACAAGUUCAAUUUCUUAUCACUCGCUACUCUCCUGCUUGACCAUACAAUAUUCAGGGCAAUUUUCAAAUAAUUUUUCAAUAUUUGACUCUAAGCAUAAUUAUUGUGUUUUUAGCAAUUUCGUCUGCCAUAUUCAGUGGCAUUCCUGUUCCUGCUGUUCGAGCAAUCAUGUCCAAAUUGGUUGGCAGUGAUGAACAAGGUUUGUCUUAGUAUGUUUGAGUCACUUCUAUGGAAAAUUAGUCAAUCAGUUAGUCAGCUAGCCAUUUCAUGCAUGGGCGUAUGGGCCGGGGAGCAUGUGCCCCCCCGAAUUUUUACGGUCGGGCAAAAAUUAAUGCGAAAUUCGGGCAAAACAUAAAAAUUUCGGGAAAAUUUUGAUAUGCUCUGAAAAAAUUUUUUUAUCUUUGCGAAAAUUACGUGAUGUUACGGAAAAAUUUCGGAUAUAUCCGGAAAUUUUUUUUUGGUAUGUCCGGAAAAUUUUUUUGUCGACCUCCCCCCGCUCGCCAACAAUUUCGGGGGAAAAUAUUAAUGUUCUGUUUGCCUAUUCGGGCAAACUGUACUGUUCCCCUCCCAAAAAAAGACUAGGCCCAUACGCCCAUGAUUUCAUGGCUGUAGAUUCUAUUUUUGUGGAGGUAGCCAAUUAUUGAAUUAAGAUAACCACGGGGGUCUACGGAUGAGAAUGCAUGGAUCCUGAAGUCAAAUUGCAAAUGGUGUACAAUUUGGCUAGAUCCUGCCCUAAUAGCUUUCUUAGUUUGUCUUACAUGUAACCAAUUAAGUUGCACUGUACCCCAAUGUGCCCCACUUUAGUAUUUUACUGUGUCGUAUGUAACACUUUAACAAAUGUUCUUUAUUUCAGGAAGUUUAUUUGCGGUGUUAGCCAGUGCAUCAUCAGUUGGGACGCUUGUUGCAUCUUCUAUAUUUAACAAUAUUUACAAAGUGACUGUUUCCACUUGGCCUGGACUGUGUUUCAUUGUUAUGUCUUGCCUGCUACUCUUGCCUCUUUCUUUGAUGAUGUAAGUCACCCGUCUCCUACUGUGCAUCAUUUUGUCAUAGGUGAAUUUUUUCAGGCAUAUACCGGCCUACCCAAUUUUGUUUUAGGAUAUAUUAAAAACCAGAGCCACAGGAUGUUUUGUGUUAAUAUAGGCCUGAUUUGGCCAUCAUUUUCAUCAUUUGUGAAAUGCCAGUGUAAAUACCUGUCAAAAAUUCCCCUAUAUCCGAUGAAACUGAUCCAUUCCAGUUUGUACAAUUUCAAUUCAAGUAUAUAUCACUAUGAGAUUUGCACAGAUUAUUUUUUUUGGCAAAUGAGGCAUGCUGAUAAUUUACUCAGUAUUCAUUCAUUAUAACAUUAUUGACAAACUUGUCUCUAUUUUAACUUUUUAUUCAUUCUGUUUGUAUAAUUUGUUGUUUUGCGUCAGAUUUAGUGAUUUUUUAUUCCAUUAAAGAUACUUUCGCAUUUGCAUCAAGACACCAGACGAUCAUUUGGAGGUGAAUGAUGCCGAUACAUUGAUCGAUUCAGAAGAGAAUGUUGCUUAG